GCACAGGGCGAGGAAACCAAAACUAGUGAAGUUGUAAGUGAUUCUACCCGGUGCCAUUUUUGCUUGUUAUUUUUCAAAACACUUCUUUUUCCUGUGCCCUUCGGGAGAUUAUAAUCGCUUGCAAUUCAGUCUCUAAAGGCUUUGCUGAUUUAUUUUUUACCUCAAACAAAAUAAGCAGUGAUUUCUGCAUUUCUGAAGAAGACCUCAAGAUCCGGACUUGUGGGGAAUUCAGCAAGGCUCAGCCAGACCUUGAGAGAUGGAGAAGGAAUGCAAGAAAAUUCUUCUGCUGAAAGGGCUUCAGCCCCUCAAUGACGAUCAGUUUAGCAUGGUUAAGUCCCUGAUGGAUUCUGAUUUGAAACUGACUCCAAAAAUGAAAGAAGAGUAUACCAAGGUCAAGAUCGCUGACAUGAUGCAAAAGAAAUUCGGGGGGAUUACCUGUGUGAACAAACUCCUGGAGCUGCUCAAAGACAUAGAAGGACUUGGAGACAUUGUUAAAACUAUUAAAAAUGAAAGGAGAAAAGUUAUGAAGAAAUACAAAGUACAGGGACCAGCUCCCAAGAGAAAAAGAAAGCAGGAAGCAUCCAGUACUGAUGAAUCACCAUCUACCACGAACCAAGCUUCAGAAGCAGUGGAUGGUACACUUGCGACGAAGAAAAAGAAAGCUAAAGCCACAAACAAUGAUAAAUCAAAGAAGACACAGCCAACACAAGAAUGGAACCAGAUUCCUGAAACUUCAGUAACAGGUGCACGGUCACCUGGGACCUUCUCUCAGCCUCCUCGGAUGUCUCCAUCAACCUCAGGCAGCAGUUCCUCGACCAAGAAAAAGAAAACACUAACCAUAAACACUGCACAACCUCAAAUGAUGCAGCCAAAGCAAGGAAGGGGUCAGCUUGGACAACCUUCGGUAACAGGUGCAUGGUCACCUGGGAGCUGCCCUCAGCCUCCUCAGAUGCCUCCACCAACUCCAGGCUGCAGUUCCUCAACCAAGAAAAAGAAAACACCAACCAUAAAAACUGCACAACCUCUGAUGAUGCCGCCAAUGCAAGGAUGGGGUCAACUUGGACAACCUUCGGUAACAGGUGCACAGUCACCUGGGACCUUCCCUCAGUCUCCUCAGAUGCCUCCAUCAUCUCCAGGCUGCAGCUCUGCGACCAAGGGGGGAAAAAACUACUUUCAGAUCAAGAAAACACAAACCAUAAAAACUGAAAAACCUGAGAUGAUGCAGCCAACGCAAGGAAGUGGUCAGCUUGGACAACCUUCAGUAACAGGUGCAUGGUCACCUGGGAGCUGCCCUCAGCCUCCUCAGAUGCCUCCACCAACCCCAGGCUGCAGUUCCUUGACCAAGGGGGAAGAAAGCUACUUUCAGAUCAAGAAAACACAAACCAUAAAAACUGAAAAGCCUGAGAUGAUGCAGCCAAUGCAGGGAUGGGGUCAGCUUGGACAACCUGCAGUAACAGGUGCACAGUCACCUGGGAGCUUCCCUCACCCUCUUCAGAUGCUUCCACCAACCCCAGGCUCCAGUUCUGCGACCAAGAAACCAAGAUUGAAGGCUGUACCUACAAAAGCUUCCAAGGAAGAGGGUUUACAGACAGGCCCCAAGGAAGUGAUGGUGCUGAAAGCAACAGAGCCAUUUGCAUACGACGUCAUGGGAGAAGAGAGACACAUGUUUCAUGCCACUGUGGUUACCGAGAGCCAAUUCUUCCAAGUGAAGGUUUUUCAUGUCAGCUUGAAGGAGAAGUUCAUCCCAAAGAGAGUGAUCACCAUAUCAGAUUAUAUUGGCCGCAACGGAUUCCUGGAGGUGUACAAUCUCUCUUCUGUGUCUGAUGUUAAUCCUGACCGAAAGAUGGAGGUCUCAGGCAGACUGAUCCAAAAUGCAAACGCAACUCGAAAAAUCAAGGAUCUUCUCUUGGAAGAGACAGGAACAUUUGUGAGCGGGGUGUAUCAGGUGCAUAAGAAAAAGGUGUUGAAUCAAAGCAUCAUUUUCUAUGAAAUACAAGAUAAUACAGGGAAGAUGGGUGUCAUGGUGUAUGGACGACUGACCAAAGUCAACUGUGAAGAAGGCGACAAACUCUCCCUCAUCUGCUUUGAACUAAGUGGGACUCUGAGACAGCUUAGAUCUGUAACUCACAGUUUCAUCAAGGUCAUCAAGCCCAGGAAAAACAAGAAAGAACAACUCAAUCCCUAUUUGUAUAUGCAAAACUUAUCAUAAUGUCCUUCUAAAGACCUGGAUGCAGUUAACGAUGUAUAUGGAAAUAAAAUCCAAAUACAGAAAAGCUAUAUAUGUAUGUGAUAGAAAUUCAGUGAUAGAUAUACCAGCUAUUAAUUCUAGGAAAUAGAGUGUUAAUGGAUACUUCUCAUUUUCUUUUUUAUACCUUUCUGUGCCACCCUAAUGCCAUAUU